CAAAAGCGAAACGACACUGCCACUGCCAGACACGUUCACACGCACCAGAAGCAACGCAACAUGGGCGGGAAAUCGUCCAAGGAGAAGAAGAUCGUGGUCGAGGAGGUGCUGUACCGGGAGUUCACGUAUGGGCUGGCCGCCUCCGACUGUGUCCAGCACUACCUGCCUCCCAACUUGCCGAUACGACCGAUCCUGAACGAGGCGUACUUGACCGACUGCACCAAGACAUGGAAGCUGAUUGUGACUGCCAACACGGACCGCAUGCGGCAGUACGGCAAGUCGGGCAUCGUGUUGUUUUACGACGAGUUCUUCUUUCGCCUGUUUCAGCGCGACUUUACCCUCGAAGACGUCUUUCCCGACAUUGCCAAGCGAAGCGAAGUCAUCAUCAAAGCCAUUACGUUCAUGCUCAAGAGCAGUAGCGACGACCAGCGGCGUGUGGUCAACCGGUGCCACUUUCUCGGCCACCGGCACCGGUCGUUCACGUCCCUCCGCCCGCACCACUUUUCCCAGUACACAAGCACGUUGAUCGAGGUCAUGAUGUACUGGCUUGGCGAGUACGCGUCGCCAGACGUGGGUGCGGCCUGGUCCAACGUCGUCGGGUUCUUCCUCCUGCACAUCCUGGAAGCAUACUUGAGUGAGAAAGUCGACCCGUUCGAGAGCUACCAAAACGUCGUGAUCGGCGCCGUGGAGGAAAUCACGACGUCCCACGAAGGCGAGAGCGACAUCCAAACCGUCGAGCAGCUCGGUGCUGUCCCUUCCAGCUCCACGUAGCCACAACCCACCUACUAUUCAUAUUUCUACGAGGAUUGUCUUCGCACCCUCAUGUGCACAUUGGUGGCUUUGAUUCUGUUAACGUUGCGCUCACUUCUUCGUGCGACUGCGACUCGACUGUCCCACUCCGAACGUUUUCUUCCUUGGGUCGUGGUCUUUCGGCGCGGCAAUCGCAGCAAGUACAGCAGGUUCCGUUGGUGGCGGCGCAUGAGCGCAGUUGGGGUGUUGUACUUGGUAAGCUUUCGUCAAGAGCGGCAGUAUGGCAAACGCAUUUUCCCCACGCGAUGGAGGGGCGGUGGGGAUCGGGGGAGCGAGUGCCCCCGGGAUCAACUGAAGCGUCGAGAGGACGGA